AUGCCGCAUUCAGUCAUCCAAGAUGAUGAGUACAUGGGUUACAAGAUCCCUAAAGGCGCCGGAGUAAUGUGGAACGUAUGGGCCAUCAAUAUGGACGCAAACCGAUUUAAAAACCCACGGGCUUUUGAUCCCUCGCGGUACGAAGGCGACAACCAGACAUCAGCCGAGGCGACGAUGAACAGUGACCCCAGCCAGAGGGACCACUUCGUCUUCGGGGCAGGGCGCCGCGUCUGCCAGGGCAUGCACAUUGCAGACCGCUCCUUGUUCUUGAGUAUCUCGAGGCUGCUGUGGGCCUUCAACUUCGAAAAGGCAGUCGAUGCUCAUGGGCAGGAGAUUGUGCCGGAUGAGAACGAUCUCACUGAAGGCCUUUUGGUGCAGCCGAAGCCUUACCCGGCAAAGAUAACCCCAAGAAGCGAGAUACAUGCGCAGGCUAUCCGGAAGGAAUGGGAGGGAUGCCAGACACUCCUUGAUGAGAGUAAACAGUGGAGGGAAGUCCCGAAAGGAAUGGUAUUGAAGGCCCCUGUGCCGUCAGAGCUGAAAGACUGA